UCUCUUUCUCUUUUUCUCUACAGUAUUCUUCCCCUUUUUACAGUCACUCUCUGUACCGUUUUACGCUGCAGCAAUAUCAUCAGCAACGCAAAGCAAAAGCAAAGCAAAUGAGCAACAGCACUAGCACCCCAACUGCGCCACUCGCGCCGUCGUCGUCGGCGUCGACCAGCACCAGCCAAGCAGACGAGAUUGCCGAGCUCCGUGCAAUGCUCGCUGCAGCCAACGCCCGUCUCAGCGGACUCCAGCAGCAAGGCGCCAUCACAACCACUGCUGCUGCUACUACGACUGGCACUGCUGCUGCUGCUGCUGCUGCUGCUGCUGCUGCUGCUGCUGCUGGUGGUGGCCCAGCGGGUGCCAUUCCGCUCUCCCGCCGCCCUUCCACGGGACUGUCAUGGCCAAGUGUUGGUGCGCUCGAGCGUCGCGCAGAGUCGCGGGAAGACAACGAAGCCCGCAUUGAGCGAAUGGCAGCCGCCGUCCGCGAAUUGCUGACAUGCAUUGGCGAAGACCCGACCCGCGAAGGGCUCCUCGAGACGCCCUACCGCAUGGCAAAGGCGCUGCUGUUCUUCACCAAGGGCUACCAAGAGCUCCCGACAGAAAUCAUGAACAAUGCCAUCUUUGUUGAGGAUCACGACGAGAUGGUCAUUGUCAAGAACAUUGACGUGUUUUCAAUGUGCGAGCAUCACAUGGUUCCGUUCAUUGGCAAGUGCGCGAUUGGAUACAUUCCGAACAAGAAGGUGCUCGGAUUGAGCAAGGUGGCGCGUCUCGCCGAGAUUUACAGCCGACGACUGCAACUCCAAGAGCGCCUGACCAAGCAAAUCGCAGUUGCCAUCCAAGAGAGCAUUGAUCCCCAGGGCGUUGCCGUUGUGGUUGAGUGCUCACACAUGUGCAUGGUCAUGCGCGGCGUCCAAAAAUCAGGCAGCAGCACUGUUUCGAGCUCGAUGCUUGGCGUCUUCCGCUCCGACCCUAAGACCCGUGAAGAGUUUUUGACCCUCAUCCGGGACAACAAAUAGAGCCCUCUCUGUAGCUUUCUUUGUUGCUGUUUGCUGUUCAGUGGUCUAUGGUGGUGGUUUGUAGCGUCGUUACUGUCGUCGUUACUGAUAUGCGUUGUUGAAUCUUGUUGAAACACACACACUUUUUCGGUCUUCUUCUUUCUCCUCAGUUUCGCUCGUUUUCAAUUUUGUUGCUCUUGUGUCGAACAUGAGACAUGCCUCACCAUCCCCAUCCUAAUCCGUUGGGCCUCCAGUCCUUCAUUCUGAAUACAGCUUUUCC